GUCAAUUCGUUUUCGACGGGCGACAAGAUUUAUAUGGAAUCAUUGGAAUAAUAUUUAAUAUCCUAUUACUAUUCAAAAUGUUGUAAAAUUUUGUUUUCGUUGUUUGUUUCUAUUAAGAGAGCGCAAUUUCUAAAUUAAAUAUGAAGCCAAUAAUAGAUUUCGAUGAAUGUCUUAGAGACUCCCCUAAAUUUAGGGAACAACAGGAGACUGAAGAGGCUAGUAUUGACAGUCUGGAGCAGAAACUAGAUAAGGUUUUGAAGGCCUGCACUGUUAUGAUCGAGUCAGGGAAGAUUUAUAUGACUCAUAGAGGUAUUUUUACAAAUGCUUUAUGGGAUCUAAGUGGAAGUUUCUCAGAAGACCCUACAGUCAUGGCCACUAUGAAUCGGAUGAUCCAUGCACUGCAGGAAAUGAACAAAUUUCACUCUAUUUUACUUGACCAGGCUUCCCGAACUAUACUUAAGAAUCUCACAGCUUUCAUUAAAGUAGACAUCAAAGGUGUCAAAGAAAGUAAACAUCAUUUUGAAAAAAUCUCAAAUGAUCUGGACAUUGCUUUAAAUAGGAAUUCUCAGGUAUCGCGUCAUAAAUCCAUGGAUGUGGAGGAGGUAGUGAAUCUCUUACUUGCCACACGAUCAUGCUUCAGACACACAGCAUUGGACCAUGUUCAUAAGAUCACAAUGCUACAGGCUCGAAAACGUCAUGAAAUUCUCGCAACUUUUUUAUCAUACCUGCAAGCAUGCUGCACAUACUACCACCAAGGUGCAGAUUUGACUGAAGAUUUGGAUCCUUUCCUCAAGGCCACAGCAGAAGAAGUUUCAACGAUGCGUAACGAUACAAAGAUACUGGACAAAGAGAUGGAGAAUCGUCACACCAUUGUCAAUAGCAAAGACACGGUACUGCCGAGUUGUAAGACUGGGGAAGCGGAGGGUGAUUGCAAGGAGGGUUUGCUCAGCACACCUUGUAUAAAGAACUUGCCUCGUAUGCAGGGAUACCUGUUCAAAAGAACCUCGAACGCGUUUAAGACAUGGAACCGCAGAUGGUUCUAUUUGUAUGACAACAGACUUGUUUACAGAAAAAGAACUGGCGAAUUAAAUGUUACCGUGAUGGAAGAAGACCUGCGGCUCUGCACUGUCAAACUUGUCCUUGACGGUGAAAGAAGAUUCUGUUUUGAAGUUCUAUCUCCUUCUAAAAGUCACAUGUUACAAGCGGAUUCCGAAGAAAUGUUAAAUAGUUGGAUCGCAGCGUUGCAAAACGGCAUACGUACAGCUAUACAGCAGGGGCAGAGUCGUGAAAACCCCGACUCGCAGUUAGUGCUCGUGCCGGACGACUCCAAACUUUACGGCAAUAGGAAUAGCGUUGCCAACGUUCGCAUGAGGAAAGUCAGAAUCUGGGAGCAACUGCUUACAAUCCCUGGAAACAAUAACUGUUGCGACUGCGGCAGCCCAAAUCCACGAUGGGCAAGUAUAAACCUUGGCAUCACGCUAUGUAUUGAAUGUUCCGGAAUACAUCGCUCUCUAGGUGUUCACGUCAGUAAAGUCAGAUCUCUUACUUUGGAUGACUGGGAACCAGACAUCAUAAAGGUAAUGGCCGAACUCGGAAACAAAAUAGUAAAUUUAAUAUAUGAAGCAAAUACGGAGGGGACCACUCUUACACGAGCGACACCAGAUUGUGAAACGUCUGUACGAGAAGCAUGGAUCCGCGCAAAAUACGUGUCGUCAUCGUUCGUGCGCGACAUAGUGAGCGCGGGGACAGUGGGCGGGGCCGGGGCUGGGGGCGGGGCUGAGUCACCAUUACGGACUGUGUGCAGGUGGUCAGUGAGGCGUGCCAGACGCAGGGUUCGCGCCCCGCCUGCUGUACCAGAGACGAUCAGUGACGAGAAAAGUGACGUCAAUAGCAACACUAGCGUGUCUGAGAGUUCGAGUAAAUCGGAACCAGACAGUCCAGUGCUCCUGAUCGGCACCGAACUGGCGGCCGAACGAGCCGUCGACCUCAGUCUGCCUUCUGACCACGAAUCGACAGAGGGCGAAGACACAGAUGACCUAGCCGAGGACAUAUCCUGCCUGUCACCGAGCGCGGUGUUAUUCAGAGCUGCGCGCGCGCACAACGUGGCGGUGAUGCGCGCCGCCCUCGCCGCCACCGCCGACGUCAACGCCGCCCAGCACGCGCGCCGCACGCCGCUCCACGCCGCCGUGCUCAGCGGUUCAGUGAUGGCUUGUUCAUUCUUAUUACUCAAUGGCAGUAAGUUAAAUUUGCAAGACGAAGAUGGGAAAACACCGUUACAUCUCGCAACAGAAGCUGGUCAUACGGGACAGGUAUGUUUGCUGCUCCGGUACCGCGCAGACCAGUCUAUUGCGGACAACGAGGGACGCACUCCGCUUGAUAUAGCCGUAGGAAAUGCCAAUGCCGAUAUUGUGACUUUACUAAGACUGACCAAAUUGAAUGAGGAGAUGCGUGAAAGCGAGAUGUCAUCAAACGACGACACUUACAACGAGGUCUUCCGCGACUACACGCAACUUGCCCAUUCUCACCCCGAGCGACUCGUGCGCAGGCAUAACAACAACGAAGGUGAACAAACCGCCGAAUGACAAAGGGAGACUGGCCCAAAGCGACGAUGGCUGUGGUGAUGCAAUCAUGUGAUGAAUGGUAAACUUUACUCGACCUGGCAAAUGUGAGUUUUUCACCUACUCGAUUGCGUUUGCGUAAAAUAACAUUAUAAGGAUCCAUGAAAAAAACAUAGUUUACAUAGUCACCAUGGAAUUAACAAAACUCGCAAACAUCACACAGGUGUAGACUAUACCAACUUCAUAUUAAUUGACAGCGAAUUGACAAGUAUCAAAAUAAUAUAGUUCAUACAAAAUAAUCAUAUAAUGUAAUUAACAGCCGUAUGAGACGCGGUAUGUCGUUAUUACAAAAUAAACUUUUAUAGUCAACCUUGAAACAGAGCGAUUUUAUAUUUUUACAUACAAAACUAUGAACGAAUUAUUGUUUAUUGUAUGAAACACGGCAUUUUCUAAAUUUCAGGGUUACUUACCAUAAAAAAAGAAUAUCUGUAAUGAUGAGUACUACAAAAACUACAGUGGAACUUGUUUGAAAGUAGUACGAAUUUCGGUUAAGUUUAUUCUCAUAUCUUGAGAUACUUUCAAUCUCAAGAUUAUUUCAAUAUUAUUGUACUACCCGUUCGCUUCGAGUUGGCCGUGAAUGACCUUAUUGGCUUGGGCCAAUGAUGUGAUUGGUCACAGGCACAUCAACUGGGGGUCAAUCGCCUAACGGAAUUGCUAUGGGUAUACCGAAUUUCAGAAACGUAAAGGGCUGGAUCCGUCUCACCGCACCGCGCUCCUAGACGUCUGUUAACGACCAAUAGGGUUGAUUAAUAAGGUCUGUCUAGAUCUUAUUA